GAUGAUGCUAUCUUCUGAGAAAAGAACAAGCCAUAAUUUUCCAUUGGCUUCUGUGUUCUUUUAGUUUGAACCGAAUUGGUCACAAAAAAAAAACAGAAAUGUGUUUAGUUUCAGUUUGACUCUGAAGGCAAUGACUAAAUGCAAUGCUUAUAUAUAGCAAAUAGUUUUGCAAAAUGAUUUAAGUCUUUGAACAAAUUUUGUACUUGCAAUCUUGAAAGUUUGAGAAGAUGUAUACCUAAUAUCAAAUCUGAAUAUUGUUGAAUGAAAACAUCUUUGCAAAUGAAUAUCCACUAUCGCUGUUCCUUUUACUUGAUAAUAGAAAUUGGCUUCAGAGACUAAUAGACUGAACUUAGGAAUAAUGGGAUUUAUUUACUUAUAUCAUGAUGACAUGGUCAGAAUAAUGGGAUUCAUCUAUUUAUAUUUAUAUUAUGAUGAUAUGGCUAUCAAAUACAUGACAUACAAACUCAAGCUUUUCUGGAUAUUAUUAUGAUUACCGCACCUGCAGACUAGCUCGAUUGAUGCCGACCACGUCCUCAUCACAGCCGCAGUACAAGCACGGAGGCCGCCGUGAGCCGAGGGCCACCAAGCUCGCGCGGCGGAGCUGCGUGCGCCCAGGGGCUGGCCGCGCACGCGCCGUGGAGUCGGCUGUGCCUACGCCGGUGGCCGAUGGCGCCUCGCGCUGCCAUGGCCGGUGGCCAGGGCCACCACGCCGCCACCUAGAGAGAGAGCGAGGAGAGGGGAGGUAAGGAGAAUGAAUACAUGGACGGCUCGAUCGAGGUUACCCUCGCAAACAAACCGAGCCAGGACCACGCCACGCCGCCGCCCUUCCAAUUCGAUUCCCCAUCGAAGAGGGGAACAAAGAAGCCAUCAAAUCCCCAACACCAUCGAAUCGAGAAACGAGACGUGCUCGGUGAUCCCUACCGCGAGAGGUAGUAAGCAACCCUUCGUGUCACCGGGAUCCGGUUAGGGUUUCGUGGUACGCCACCGCCGAGGCACAGCGCCGGGCAAACAAGUGAAGGGAUGCCCCCGCCGGAGCACCGUCUGAACGGCAUGGGCUCGAGGGGAGCGAAUCCCCUGGCGAAUCUCUCAAAUUUGACCGGAUGCCAUGGAAUCCAGCGUAAGGAGCCCAGCACCACACUCACCCCAGCCGCCGCUUCCCGACCGCCGGUUGCCCGAGCAACAAAGUACACCAGGCCCUGGAGUUCAUCAGCUCCGAGGGAUCCCCCCCUGCGCACGGGUCAGAAGCAGAAUUCCUACCAUCGACGUUUCUCCGCGUUACCUAUCAACAGUCUGGAUUCGACCAGUACUUCGUCGGAUACCGGUGGUUCAACCUGUCAUCUCGGCAACACUGCCCUUGGUGGUGCUGCAGAGUCUGCUGCCAGGCUUGUCCCAAUGGAGUCGAGUCCAUGCUUGACAGUGAAUGCAGGUGUUCGUUUGAGCGUAGAAACUCCACGGAAACAUCAGGCUGUAGAGAAGCAUCAGGCUGCUGUUAAAGGCUCGAGUGGUGAGACACCACGGAAGCAUCAGACUGUUACAGGAUAUAAGGCGGCGCAGAAGCAUUGCAUAAAAGAGAAAACAGGUGGGAGCUCGAGUGGAGGGAUGGCACAGAAAUGCUGUACAAAGGAGAGGACUCGGCCUUCUCGACAGGUACGGCACCCACCGGGCACCCAAAGGGCUGGCACCAUCAACAGGUGUAUCACCACACAGAAGCAGUCAGAAAAUAAUCCAUCAAUCUCCAGCAACUGUCUUUCCUUGGUUAGCAAUGCUGUUACCCAGCACUGCAAAGAACUUGCUGCGGACAGGAAAAUACAUCACCCCGAGGAAAUGAUGAAACAGGUACAAGAAGCAGACCUUGUAAUCAAGCAACUGAAUGAGUUGGGCCUAGGUGAGGACAUCAGUGAUGAGGAGUUACAGUGUUAUUAUGAACAGCUGCCCUGUAAACAUACUUGUGUUGACACUUCUCUUGAACUUGGCGAUGAGCAGAUCAAAAAGCUACAAGUUAACCAUGUUUUGUAUCGUAUCAAGUAUUACAAGAUGACACAAGAACGGCGCAAAAAUGAGCUUGCUUCUGUAUUGGAAUACGAUUGUUAUCGAUACCGUCUCGAAGAAAAGCUAAAGUGCUUUGUGGAAGAUGAAACUAAAUUGAGAAAGAAUCACGUUCUGGACCAUCUUGACAAGGAGGGGUUACUUGUGUAUAUUGAGAAAGAUGACACAUUUGAUUGGUCCUUCCAGUACCGCACUGUGGCUGCCUUGGAUGACUACCAACGCUUGGUCCCUCGAAAUCGCGGUGGUACUGAGUAUGUCGAUUGGAAUGAUUACCGCGAGUAUUUUCAUAAGUAUGAGAUUGAACAAGAAUAUCUUCUUUUCUGGAAAGAGUUAUUAAAGAAGCUUAAGUGGAUGGAAGACUAUUUAAAUAUUAAGUGGUCAACUCUUAAGUGGAGAAGAAUAAACAAAAGAGGAGAAUCCCAAGCAAUCAAGAUUGCUACUGGCUUUCCCAAGAUAACUGUUGGCUUAGCCCAUGCUGCCUAUUAUGAAUGCAUAGAUUACAUGAGCACAGAAUUUCAUUGGUAUAGGGAGUUAGAUUGUGUCUACUUUGAGAUUUGGAAGCGAGUCGCGAAGCUUAAGAUGAGUUUUAGAGAGGCUUUGGAUGAAGUCUUUAAAUCAGGUAAGUUUUUGCUACGCGAACAUGAAAUGGAAUACGCACUGGAGAUAUCAGACUUUAGGAUGGAAAAGGAGUUCCGCUAUUGCACAGAUGGCAUUACUGAAGAAGAUACAGAGGAGAAAGCUCGGGAGUUGAUUGCAGAUGCUAUUACAAAGAUGGUGAGAAGACCAAAGUUCUAUGCACAAUAUAUCAUGAAGAAGAUGGAGGUUGCCACAGCUAUAGGAGUUAUACCCCAAGGGGCACCUUAAUCUCAUAUUUUUGUUUUGUUCAUCUGUCCAAAUCCUUUUCUUUGUUGAUAUUUUGUUUUAUUCAUCUGCCCAGAUCCUUUUCAUUUGUGGACAGUGUUCGUGCUCCUCAUUUUCUUUAUUUAAACUAGUUGAGUGCCUUGUGCGUUGCAA